GUGUAUUUGUUUUCCUUAUGAAAUGGGAAUUCAUGUUAAUUGUUCGAAACGGAAUCUUAGUGUUAUACCACAUAUGAAUGACAGCAUCACAUGGAUAGACCUCAGUAAAAAUAAUAUCAAGAUGAUUCAGACAUGGACUUUCCCAGACAAUGCUUUUGCAAAUCUUUAUUCCAUUUCAUCCAUUAAAUUUAAUGGGAUAGCAAAUAAAAGAUUUGGAAAAAGAUUCUUGCGUUUGAAGAAUCUUAAAGUUUUAGAUAUGUCGGGAAUUGAAGGCAAGUGUGUUCUCGAAUAUAUUGAUUCGAACAUGUUCUCAAAUUUUCUAUUCCUUGAAGUUUUGGACAUUUCUUACUGCAAUGUAAAGGAUAUUGAUAAAGGAUCAUUUAGCAACAUGCCAAAAUUACAAUAUCUAAAUAUUUCCUACAAUCGUCAGUUAGGUUUCGCAUCUUUGCCUAAUGUAACUUUUAAUUUAAACAAAACAAAGAUAAAAUCCCUGAAUAUUAACGGAGUUAACUGUGUAGCCGGAGUUGGAACAGAAUUGAAAUGUCAUCAUCUUCUUUCUCUCAAAGAGACUAACCUUACAGCAUUACAUGUAGGCAGUAACCGAUUGGAAAUAUUAGAGCCAGGAGUCUUUAAAAAUCUUCCUAAAACUUUAGAGAAAUUGUCAAUGGACGAAAACAAAUUAACGUCUGGCCCUUAUAUACUAGAAUUUAAUAUGCUGGAAAACUUGCGAGUUUUCAAUGCGAGCUUUCAGAAGCAUCCACCAAAGUUUCCUAAUUCAAUUGUAGAUAUAUGUAUUGAAAAGAGAGAAUUGUUCAAAGAUGUUUUUCAUUGCCAAGAAGUUGCAAAUAACCAAACUCUGAAAAACAUCGGUGCAGAUUCAAGCUUUAUUUGGCAUUUUCCACGAAAUCUGGAGGAAAUAUACGCUUUUUCUAGUCGACUAUAUUUCAAGGUUCCUGAAUUUAACAUCUCUGCACCGAGUCUCUGGAUUAUAAAGUUACAGGAUAACUUUUUGUACUCUUUCGAAGGUCCUGUUCACAUUCAACCAACAAAUAAUCAAAUCACACUAGAUGUGUCAAAUAAUUUUUGCUCACACAUAUCCACAUUUGCCAUGAAAAACGGUGGACAACUCCAGAAUUUCAAUAUAUCACACAAUGACAUAGGUCAAGACCUAGAGAAAGAUGCAAUGGGAAAACAUUUGAGUCCUUAG